AUGGAGGACUGCUGGAGGGUGACCAUCACCUCUGACCUGACUUCUGCGUUCCCAGUGCUCCUGCAGCUCUCCCCCAAAGAGACUGAGGCUAUCUGGGAUGCUGUAUCCGAGUACAUUCUGGAAGAGCUGAAGCAGGAUAAGGUGGGCUGGUGUCCUGGGCCCUGCAGAGCAAUCCCUGCCCGAGCACCAUGGCAGUGCACUGAGACUGCCCAGGGUGCCCGGAGCAGCUUCUUGGCCAGCUGGGAGAGAAACCAAGGCCAGAUGUGCUCUGCCUCUCAGGGCGUUCAGGUUGCAGGACUCGGGACCUUUGCUGUUGUCCAAGAGCAAUUCCAUGGCAAACAAGAGCUGCUCUUGGUUCGAAGACCUUUCUUCCAGCUGGACAUCGAUGAGUUGUGGCUGGAGGAGAUCUACUGUCCCACCGAGAUCCUCCCUGAUGGCGUCAAGAUUGAGCCGCUCAACUACGUGCAGCUAUCGCGAGCCACCUCCUUCCCACUGCACGUGGUGAAGAACUGUGUGCAAGAGACCAUCCUCUUGUACUGCUUCCUCCUGAGGAGCAAGGAGCACGUCCCCUUUGGCUUCAGGGACAUUGGUGUUUUGACAUGCGAAGAUGGUUUCCUCUGCAUGAAGUUUUAUCUGGACUGUGUCAAACGUCUGGAGAGCACUGCGGGCCUGGUUGCACUGCUCCACAGUCUGCUUUCUCCAUGAGCAAAGAGAGUUUCUUCUGAGCCUCUGGACGCUUGCCCCUGCAAAAAGCCUGGCAGUGUUACUGUACAGCCUCCAUA